AUGCCAAGCAUUGAAUACAUAAUAACGGCUGAGUUUCAUAUUGAUAAAGGACCUUCAUUAAUUUUUCAAUAUCCUCAUCAAUUACCUGGAUUACAAUAUUUAUAUUUUUUACCAGAAUUAAUGUUACCAGAUCAAAUUCAUAAAAGAAAUGAAGAUUAUACACUUUUUUUACUUUAUAGAAAUUUAACAACUGGAGAAUUCCAAUAUCUUUAUAAUAAAAACACAUGUGAAUCAGAACCUUAUUUUUUAUAUACUAUAGUAUUGAAUUUACAUAAUGAUGAAUAUAAACGAGGGUCACAAGUUAAAAGUUUAUCAAUUGUUACUAAAUUAUCAUUUUUCAAAAAUUUCAAACCAGUCAUGAUGAUUUGUUUGGAUUUAUAUUUUAAAGAAAAUGAUUAUAAUAUUAUUAAACAAUUAUAUACAAGUAUAAAUGAAAAGAGUUUUGUAGUAAGUCGUGACUCUUUAAAUGGAACUGAAAAUGGUGAUAUAAGUUUAAUUAAAAAAUUAUUAAUUACAAGUAUAUUGGAUCUACCUAUUAAUGAUAAAAUUUAUUAUGAUGAAAAUUUUAGGAAUAAAAUUUUGGGAAUUGGUAAGAAUCAAAUUAUAAAUCCUGAUUUAUUUAUAAGAAAAGAUUUAAGUUUUAAUUCAAUUUUAAAUUUUAAUGGAAUGAAUAUACCAAUUAGAAUUCCAAUGAUAAAUUUACCUGAUACUAUUGGUGAUUAUUUAAAUCCAACUGAUUUGAAUUUCAAACCAAAUUUAAUAAAUAUUUUAAAUAGUAAAUUAUCAAGCUCGGUACUAAACAAUGAAUUGACAAUAUAUGGAUUACAAACACCACCAAUAAUUAUAUUAAUUAACGCUAUACUAACGGGGAAAAGAAUAUUAUUAAUGAGUUAUGAAAAUAGUUCAGGAUAUAUAAUUGAUCAUAUACUACUAAUACUUAAACUUAUAACAGGUGGUGGGAUUUUGAGUGGACUUUUAACUAACUAUAAUGUGUUCCCCAUUAUUGAUGUUUCCAAAAUUGAAUUAUUAGAAGAAUGUGAUAGUUUUAUUGCUGGUACAAUAAAUCCAUUUUUCAAAAACAAUGAUAAAUUAUGGGAUUUAUUAUAUGAUUUAGAUUCAAAUGAAUUUAUAAUAAGUUCAAAUAUUGAAACCUCAAGUGAUGGACUAAUCAAAAAUUCAAUCAUUUCUGAAGAUGCAAGAUUUUUAUCAAAUUUACAAUUAUCAAUUUUUAAUUAUAAUGAUGAUUUAACUACUAUUCAAUUAAUUUUUAGAAGACAUAUUAAUGAAAUUAUUAGAAUUUUAUUAAGUUCUAAAAAUUUUAAUAAUAAUUUAAUUCCAAAUAAUAAAGAUUUAAUCUUGUUGCUUGAUGGAAUAGGAUAUUUUUGGCCAAGUGAUAGUACAAAACUUUUAGAAAUAUCAUGUUAUCAAUUAAUUUCAAAAAAAUUUCAAGAUUUAUUAUAUAAUGAAAAAUUAAUUUAUAAUUUAAUUUUACCCAAUUUAUCUAAUGAGUUAAGUUUAAUGAUUGAUUUACAUUAUCAUUUACAAAGUUUAAGUAAUGUAUCAAUAAGUACUAAAAUAAAUGAAAGAGAAAUAUGGUUUAAUAUUUUAAAAUUUUUAAUAAGUGGGAAAUCUUUGGAGAUUUUUUUAUUAAUUACUUAUUUAAUCCCACCAAGUAGUUCAACAAGUUUACAAAGUUCAACAGCUCACGGAGGUAAUUUAACAAUAUUUGAUAAAAAUAAAGGAAUUGAAUUAUUAUUAAUUAAUUUAUUUAAUUUUGAUGAUCAAAUUAAAUCAAACAUUAUUAUGAUAUUACAAGAAUUAGAAGAUAAUUUCUUGUGUGGUUGGUGUAUUGAUUUAUUUUUGAAAAAUAAUUUGAUUUAUGAAAUUGCAUUUAAUGAAUUAGUUAAUUCAUAG